AUGUCUCACGGCCAUGUCGUCUGGCGAGGCGUUGGUGUAUCCUAUCCUGAUCAUCACCCUGAUUCGUGGGCUAAAGAAGAGACCGCUAGGGAAAAGCAAAGCAUGUCGACCAGAACUGUGGCCAUAGACGGGCUAUGGCUUUGCUUUCGACCUUCUCUAGGCCGUCUGUUCUCUGAGCCGACCAGGCAACGCUUCCCCUUUGACGAUGCCAUUUAUUCGCCGCGCAGAGCUUUUCACAGCUCCCCCAAGUGCCCGUUCGCUCCGACAUUCAACCUGUUGACGGUAGCAGAGCCUACCGGUUCCUCAGUACCAGAAUCGGGUGGCGAAGAAGCUGGUCAGAGCAAGAAGCCUGCCGGCCCCCAGCCGAGUCUUUCUCCCAAACCACACAGGCGGCUGAAGCCAAAGGAGCAGAAGACCGUCCGGAAGCUGCUACGGGAGAGCAAAUUACCCUCAGGUCUCAAGCAAAGGACAAACGGGAACCUGGAAAAUACGCUGCAGAAUGUUGUCGAGAAGUGUCCUAGCCAUUCUGCUGCCUUGGAGGUUGUUACGGAGCUUGUGCGAAACAGACAUGUUCGCCCGGAGACUCGCCAUUACCGCGCAAUGAUACUGGCGAAUACCCAGUGCAUCAAGGGGUCAGCUAAGCAGGUAGAGGCGCUUCUGGAUGAUAUGGAGAAGAAUGGAAUAGUGGCGGAUUCGGGGACUCUACAUGCGGCAUUAAAGGCGCUGGCGGUUCAUCCCGAUUAUCUGCUUCGAUCCGAGAUUAUUCAUAAACUUCGAGAGAGGUGGCUAUCGCUUAGCCCUGCGGGCUGGCAUAACGUCGCAACGGGAUAUAUUCGAGAAGGACAAUUUGAAAUGGCGCUCGAGACUCUGGAGCACAUGAGGCUGCAGCAUGUGCCUGUUCAGGGCUGGCUUUACUCGCUUCUCAUGUACAACCUUGCAGAUUAUGGGGAAUUCGAUGAGCUCUUGCACAUAUUACGAUCAAGAGUCGAAGCUGGUCUGACCUUCUCACCAAAUUUAUGGCACCAUUUGCUGGACGCCUCUAGUGUUGCGAUGCAUGCUGAAUUGACUCAAUUCAUCUGGGAACAACAGGUUGAGCUGGGGCAUUUGAAUCCUCCGUACGGUAUUUGUGACAAUGUCCUUGCCAUCAGUGCGCGAACGGGUAACAGCCGGCUAGCAACUUCGGUGUUCAAAGUACUGGGGAAGCGUAACAGUGUGCUCACAUUAAAUGACUACGAGUCACUCGUUGACACUUAUGUGGAGGCUCAUGACAUUGAUUCGGCCAUCCGUAUCCUUUGUACCAUGGGCAGCAGCAGCGUUGGCAUCAAGGCUGGCUCUACUCGAACGCUCUUAUCCCAUUUCAUCAUGGCUAAAGUGGCGCCGACAUCUGUCUGGGAAACCUUUAAACGACUGAAGAGAGACGAAGAUUUGGAGAUGCCUCUUCCCCUGGUCAACGUUGCGCUUGAACUUUGUGCCCAUCUAGGCGAAGUACAGACGGCUUGGGAUUUAUAUCGAGAACUUCAUACCCUCUGCUCUUCUGGAGUGGAAACAUCGACCUUCAACAUCUUGUUCAGUGCGUGUCGGGGGUCGAACAAUGCUGACCUGGCCGGUUUCUUCGUGCAGGAGAUGAUCCAGAUGAAAAUCCUCCCUGAUCGCAAGACGUAUGAGAAUCUUAUCCUACUAUGUGUCGAGCUCUCCCGCUUCGAGAUAGCUUAUAAAUAUCUGCUGGAGAUGGCCGGCUCUGGAUUCGAGUUGUCCAGACAGGCAAAGCAGGAUAUCCGCGAAAAGUGCCACGGGCAGGAGGAUGAGCACGCUUUCAAGCUUCUGCAUGACUCGGCUGUCCGUAAACCAGCUUCUCGAGGCAUCAUCAGGCCCCAUCGUGUGCGGCGGGCUUUCUCUCUACCGGUCAGUGGGAAGGGAGCUGUGGCGGAAGAGGAGAGAAAUAUGGAUGAGACCGCCCCGUAUCCUCAUAGAGACUAA